AUGCUCGACAUCGAAUAUCUUAGAGGCCGCGGCCAAGAAAUCGAAAGUCACUUGGAAGAAAACUUUGACAGCGCCGAGUUCCUCCCUUGCACCAAAAUUGACCAGUUUUUGGGAAGAAAUGCUGUCGAAUUAGCCCUCAAAGCCUCGGGCCUCAACGAUAGGGAAGACCUUGUGAAUUUUGUCCUCCAGCCUGCCAGGGCUAAGCGCAUAUUUCUUAUCCUCCUAUAUAUGUCGGAGGAAAGGGAGAAGCUAUCUUUCCUUGCAAAUUUCCUAAAGCAAAAAUUGACCGACGCUUCGCUACCAGUCAAGAAAAGCCAACUUGGUUCGAUCUUCACAUCCAAUAACGAUCGAACCCUUUUUUGCAAAUAUCAGCACAUGGUGACAUCACCAGAAUUUGGCAAAGACAAGUUUCGAUCGAAGCUUCAUACCGACACGAUUCUGCCUUAUCUCAAGAGCCAUAAUCCAUCGGGUCGCGGAUUUUUUGGUGAAGUAUCUCGCAUGGAUAUUCACCCAUCGCACAUCCCGGAAGACGUUAGAUUAACUCUCGGGGGAACUGCCUCUAUCGCUGUAAAAACAGCAAAUAAUCAUGAUCAAAUCGCCAAAUUCUUUGAACAGGAAGCAACAGCUCUGGAGAGAUUAAAGAAUCAUAACUCGCCAAACCUGGUACAGCCAAUUGCUGCCUAUGAAUACAAGAACCAAAAAUGUCUCGUCUUCCCUUGGGCACAUGGCGGAGAUCUCUACAAGUUUUGGGAAGCCUAUCAAGAAAAAACGGUUGAUCUUGAAUGGAUCAUCUCACAGUUCACUGGGCUUUGUUCCGUACUCAAUGAUCUCCAUAAGAUUAAUUGUAGGCAUGGAGAUUUGAAGCCCGACAAUAUCCUUUGGUACAGGGAUAAGGAUGGAUUGGGGACCCUGAAGAUCGCUGAUUUGGGCCUAGCCGCCUUUCAUAUUAAAGACACUGGAAAUCGAAGAGGCAUACAGACUAUGACUCCGACAGGAACAGCGCGAUAUGAACCACCUGAAACAGCAGAAAAUAAGACUGGUGAACGAUCACGGAUGUACGACAUCUGGUCAAUGGGUUGCAUUAUGCUGGAGCUGCUGAUAUGGCUCACCCAAGGCAUAUACGCCGUUGACAAACUCGGAACGGUAACAGAUUACUUCUGGAAACGCGACGACAAGUCUCAUAGGUAUGAGAUUCAUCCUGAGGUGAGAAAAUCCAUUGAGGAACUGUAUAAGCAUGAAGCUGUCCAGGGAAACCAAACAUACAGUGAUCUCUUGACACUCGUGACAAAUGGGCUACUGGUGGUCUCUUUACAGUCGGAUGCCAACCAAGGUGCACAUCGAUACGAGGCAUCCAAACUCUACGAGCAGAUGCUCGUAAUCGAUAACAAUUAUCAAGGCAAUGGCUCAGUGCAACCAAGUCAAGCGAGGUCCAUGACAGGCCGACACAGGCAAGAACGUCACAGCCAAAACCAAGCGAGCCAACUUUAUGACGUUUGGCAGAGUACUUCGCACAAUCAGUUCGCGGCACAGUUUCUCAGUUUGGUAGGCUGGGAUAAUGUAAGGCCCGAUUCAAACUUAGCUCUAAACAAUUUGUGUGCUCGAUGUAGCAGCAUUAAGACGACGCCGCUAUUUUCUUCAACCCUUCCCGUCGAGAUCCAAGCAAAUUGCGAUUUGUGUUCGAUGCUGUCGAUAGCAUUGGACAAGCAAGGCAUUGCAUGGCUGGAAGGUGUUCGCAUUCAACAGAAGGACGGCGCUAUCGGUGUUCUUGAUGCCCCCUAUCUCCUCUCGGUUUACUCCGAACCAGGCCAAUCAGUACCCCACGGGGCGCGACUGGGCCUUCCCCAACUCCCAGAUCAAGGUGGCACUGGGCAGUUCUUACUUCUGAAGGAAUGGGCACGAGUGUGCAGCCUGGAGCAUGAAAAGUGUCGCUCUGGGAAAGAUCAAAUUGUCAAGGCAAUGCCAACACGACUCAUCUCAGUCCAAGAACCCGUUCACCUUUUAGAUUCUUCCUCUAUUGAUCCGACCGAUUAUAUAGCACUAAGCCACUGUUGGGGGAAGUUAACGGAGGAUCAGAAGUUCUGCACUUACAAGCGCAACAUCACUCAGCUGAGAACGAAAAUUGACACUGAUCGACUACCAAAAACAUUCCGAGAUGCCAUCGUUGUCACUCGAGGAAUGGGUAUACAAUAUCUCUGGAUAGACUCUUUGUGUAUCAUCCAGGAUGAUGAUAUCGACUGGGAGCAAGAGGCUGGGAAAAUGGAACAAGUGUUCAGUGGCGCUUACUGUACCAUCAGUGCCACAGCAGCUAAGUCAUCACUCGAUGGUUUCCUCAGCGACCGUUCGCCGCGUCCCUAUGUACAUCUAGAUACGAAAGAUGGUAGGCUCUGGAUCUGCCCUGCCAUCGAUGACUUUCGCCAAGAUGUGGAUGCUGCUGAGAUCAGUACUCGGGGCUGGGUGCUACAAGAAAGACUACUCUCACGCCGUACUAUUCACUUUACGUCAAACCAAGUCUACUGGGAGUGUGGCGAAGGUGUGUGCUGCGAGACUCUUGGACACCUUGAAAACCCGAGGGCCGCUUUGACCAGCGACGCCAACUUUCCUAGUUCUGUCCUUAAACUCUAUCGCGAUGGGAGGCAGAUGUUGAUACAAGACCUACACGAGAGGUAUACUAGACUCAAUUUAACAGUGUCAACAGACCGCUCUGUAGCUAUUCUGGGUCUCGAGACACGCUUGGCACGAGCAUUGGAAACUCAGACGGCAUAUGGUCUAUUUGACACCUACUUCGCCCGAGGUCUCCUCUGGAAACGCGGUCAAGAAUCGUCUAUGCCAAUCAUUCCAUACCAGGAAGAUAAACGAGUUCCGAGUUGGUCAUGGUUCCACCGGAAAGGCGUCAUCGAGUACAUGGAUUUGAAAUACGACAGGGUUGAUUGGAUGUCGGGCAAUUUCAACAACCCUUUCACAACUCAGCAGCAUGGAGGGUCUCGACAACAGGCAACCUCAGAGGCUCCAAAAUGCAGCCAUGUCCUCAAAGCAAAGGCAAAAUCCAUUAAAACAGAUGGUACCAGUCUGUCAGAGCACAUUGUCUUUGAUGAUGAAAAGUUCGACCUCGACAAGGUGAAGUGCGUAACGAUUGGAUCUGAUAAGAUCGGCGGCGGAAGAAUUCAUGUGCUUCUCAUAACUGUCUUUGGUGCUCCUGAGGAGAAUAAGUAUAAGAGGGUGGGGGUCAUGUCGCUGAGGCCAACAAGUGUAGAUGGCGAGGGAUUGUGGGUUGAUAUCUAUUAA